CCACUGUCUCCGGAGUUAGCAUCAGCGAGCUAACAUGAGCUAACAGGCAGCGGCGGAGCUAACGUGAGGUCUUUUUCAUUUCAGCUGCUAAACGCCUUCGCCUAAACGCUGCCAAGCCACACGGGGUAUUAUCAAAGCUGCUUGGAUCCUGGGAUUGAUUACUGCAGCCUCCAUUUCAUAAUCGUCACCUUGAACUUUGACCCCUCCGCACUCCAAUCUCCUGGUACACAGAGCUAUGGCUGCUGCUAAGCCUAAAGGCCAGAACUCUCUGGCCCUGCACAAAGUGAUCAUGGUGGGCAGUGGAGGCGUGGGCAAAUCGGCCCUCACCCUGCAGUUCAUGUAUGACGAGUUUGUGGAGGACUACGAGCCAACCAAAGCAGACAGUUACAGGAAGAAGGUGGUGUUGGACGGAGAGGAGGUGCAGAUCGACAUCCUGGACACGGCUGGACAAGAGGACUAUGCGGCCAUUCGGGACAACUACUUCCGCAGCGGCGAGGGCUUCCUCUGUGUGUUUUCCAUCACUGAGCUGGAGUCCUUUGCAGCCACAGUAGACUUCAGAGAGCAGAUUCUGCGGGUGAAAGAGGAUGAAAACGUGCCCUUUCUCCUGGUGGGUAACAAAUCGGAUUUGGACGACCGGCGGCAGGUGAGCGCAGAUGAAGCCAAAGCGCGCGCCGAGCAGUGGGGCGUGUGCUACGUGGAGACCUCCGCCAAGACCCGCGCCAAUGUGGACAAGGUGUUCUUCGACCUCAUGAGGGAGAUCCGCGCACGGAAAAUGGAGGACAGCAAAGAAAAGAACGGGAAGAAGAAGAGUAAAAGCUUGGCCAAGAGAAUCCGAGAGAGAUGCUGCAUUUUAUAGUGGUAAACGAAAGCAGGUGCACCGCCUGUGUGUACAUAUAUACAUUUCUCAGACUUUUGCAUUUAUUUCGUGCCCGUACCUGACCAUAGCGUUCAGCCCCUAAUCCACGGGAGCCCUGAUUGCGCAACAGGUAGUAGUAACACGGCACCGCAUACAUCGUUUAUAGCUCUAACUUUUUAUGUGCUAACACUCCAAAAUUCUCUUUUCUCUCUUAUCUCUUUUAACCACAGUACAGUGAUAAGUGGAUGGUGUUUUUAAUUUAGACUUAAUCUUCUUGACAGCCUUGAAAUGUUACGACAACAUUUUAUUGUAAAGUUCAAUGUGUAUAGUAAGUAUAUUCAGAUAACUGUGCAGUGCAAAUUGGAAAAAAAAGAUACAACAAACACAGAUUCAAAGGGGAAUAUGAAACUAAAAUUCAGUUGUGGAAAGCCCCUUGUAAAAAAAAAAAAAAAAGUCUUAUUGCUUAUCCGAAUAGCCAUCUUUAUUACAGCCAAAAUACAUCAAGUGCCACCCCGGGACAUGUACAUUGCACUGCUCAAUUUGUAUAGCGUUUUUUCUUUUUUCUUUUUUUUUUUCUUCUUCACACAAAUGGGCUAUUGUUAAAACGAAGCCAGAGCUGAAUUUUGAUGCCAUUCCAGUUUGUUCAUUUUUGUUCUCUAUAUUCUUGUAUCUUUAAUUUAUUUAAUUUUUUUGCUUUUUUUUUUUUUUGCCCCUCAAUCUACACUACACAAACUACAUCAACACUAUGAAUCUGACUGCUCUACUUCAUAAAAAUGUUUAAUCAUAAUUGUUUUUUUUGUUUGUUUUUUUUUAGACUAGACAGUUUUGGUCAGUUCAAAUUACCUCUGUGAUUUUUAUUGCCUUUUUUCUAUAGGAAUCCCUGGUGCUCUGUAUUUUAACCCAAACACUACAUCCUGAAACGCUUUCUAAGAACAGGCUUAUAUUUAUGUCAUUAAUAUGUGUUUGUCAUACUAAAUGCAUUGCGUCCAUUGUUACAAUUAAAGUGCAUAUGACAGGUUGGACUACUAAUUUCUCUAAAACAUAGUUAACAUCAUUAUAUUUAAGGUUUUACUAAAAAUCUUGUUUUGUCUUUGUUAGUUUUUGUCAUUUUGGUGAAGUUUGCAGAUAUGACAUACGCAAAUGUACCUAGCAACCAUAAUAUUAACAAAUGGUGAUGAUUGAUUUAACAAAAUAAAAGAGGUUUUAUUUGUCAAGUCUAAUGUUUAAACUGUCAGAAAGAUGCGUUGCUCGUGCAUAAAUUGUCUAUGGAUUUUGAAUGGAAUUUAGAACUUAGAACUGUUCCCGUACUUUCCAAUUUUUUGUUUUCUACUUUACUUCUCAAACUGCCAGUUAACUGAUGUGAAACUAUUAUGAAAAUGAAAUGAAAAGUUACCUCGGGUACUAGCCCACCAAACCAAGUAAUGAUUAGAAAAGUAUAUGAAUCUGUCAACUGCACUUUAAAGCCCCAGCGAUUAGUCAAUAUGAAGACAGAAAUGACUGGAAAAUGUUUUGAAAGUGUCCAAAAAUGUCUCAGUCUCAGUCACCAAAGAAACAUGCUCGCUAGCACAUACAAGUGCCCGUCAAACUCUAGGUGAAUGAUAAGAAGGUAAACGGCACCAGGAAAAGCUCCGUGCCGAGGCUCGUGUGUUUUAUGUAAACUAUGUGUAAAUAUGGAGAGGGAUUGGAGGAAAGUUAAGCUAAGACUUUUCAUGGUAAAGAGGGCUCUAGUCACUGGCUGUGGUCACAUGCACACCAAAAUCUGAAUAUUAUCUAUCCAGACUUUAAGGAUUAUUUAAAUGACAUGUUAACUGCUAAAUCUGAUGUGAGUAAUCUGAGGGACCAUGAUCAGAGAGAAAUGAGAUGAUUUUACUGUUAACAUGGCAUUUUAAAAAACAAGUAUGAUGAAUUAUUUGUAUUGUUGUUUGCCUUUAACAUACUUAAUUAAAAACCAGGCAUCAUUUUACAGCCUCGGUGCUCAGUAUACUAGUACUGUGAUCUGAUCUUGCCCUCUGCUGGCAAGAGAGGGAAUUACCACAGGAAAAACAAUGAAACUAUAUAAUGAGCAACCUGUUCAGACAUGAUGAUGUAAGUGUGCAGCAGUAAUGAAUGCAAUUUGACCUCUGAAAUGCUUAAAAUGAGUUUGCCGAUGAUUUAUAGACUUAGAAGCCCUGUGCGGUUUUUAUCUAUGACAUCACAGUCCCACAGGAAAUUUAAAACAGUUUGGGGAGGCUUAGAGGCAAAGGAUUUUUUAUAGAGGAUUAGUGAAAUACAUGACGUGAAAUACAACUCCAGGUAUAUUUUUAAUGAGGGAACAAUUUUCUAACGUGGUUAAAAGCUCAAAGUAAAUUUUGCACAAUAUACAUUCUGUCAAAAAUUUGAUUAAUACUGAGAUUUUGAGUGUGCAUGUAGCUGCAGUCAUUCAUGUACAGUGCAUCACUGUUGCCUCUCUGUCCAUUGUGAAUGUGAUCACUUCUCCCCUUCUGCUUGGCUGUAUAGUUUUAAUGAUGUGAGCUAGUUUGUGGUAAAAAAAAAUAAACAUGUAUACUUGUCUCCUUGGAUGAGAAUAGCGUGGUAACAGCUACUAAAUUCUCUUGUGGAUAAAGAGUGUCUGUCACAGUCUUAAGAAAUUGGAGAAACAUUCAGUCAUUUUAACAGGUUUAAUUUGGUUACACUGACCAAACCGCACUGUGAUUUUUGCUUUCUUCCAACCACAAUUUCUCUUUUUAAAUUAUCUUAAUGUGUAAUUAUUCAUAUGAUACAAGACUGAUGCUCAUCCAACUUCUAACCUAAUUUUUCCUACAUUUCCAAACUAACAAUUUAGCGUGGGAGAUGUUAUGAAGAAACAAAUGAUCCUAAUCUAAAGUCUAUGCAAAAUGAGGAAAUUGACAGAAUGUAUCUAAACACUACCUGCAGCAAACUACAGUCACAAUGAAUUACUUUUGAAGCUCUGGAUUUGCUUAAAUGCUCUCGCCUGUAAAUUAUAAUCAGCUUUUGUGUUUUUAACUUUGUAACAUAAAUAGACUUUACUAUUGCAAAUCACGUUUUACUUGUUUAUUGAAAAGCACAGUGUGUGUAAGAAUGGAAGUUGAGAUAAGAGGCAUGUUUUGAGCGAAAUAUUCAAAAAUGUCAUUGAUUUUUAGAAGGGUUAAAAUGUUGUUAAGAUAAAUCUGUGUAAAGGGCUACCUUGCAGUUAAAGGACCCAUAUUACACUAUUUUCUGAUGUAUUAGCAUGUUAUAACGUUGUGUCCGCAUCAAAAUCAUGCGCAGAGAUGAGUUUUGUUUCAUUCACACAUGCUUAAGAGACAAACCCUGCAUAGUUAUGUUGAGUUCUCAAACUGAAAACACUACUCCACCUUGUGAUGUCAUGUGGUAAUACAGGAAGUGGUCCACUGUGUUUUUAAACUCCAUACACCUUCACUAGAAUCAUAUAGAUAACUGCAGCCCUGCAAUUGCCACUCUCUACUGAACUAAAGGUAAAAAAGGUAGCUGUUAACUUGAAAACUACCACUACAUGACAUCACAAGGUGGAACAGAGCAUUUGGAGGUGUAGACAGUGCAAUAAUGCAGGAUUACUCAAAAAUGUGCGAGUUUGAAUGAAUGAUGAGGCAACAACAUUAUAACAUGACUUAAAGAUCAAUAGAGACAAUUUUGUGUAAUAUAGGACCUUUAACCAAGACAUGACUGAAAAACACCUCAAGACUAGAGUAAGCAAAAGGCGCAGACAAAAGCAUAUAGCGUCUACAUUGUUUCAACUGGGGAGCUAUGACGAUUCAAGUUGACAUUAAUUAUUAUUUUUGCUUUUGUUGAAUUUAAUAUCUUAUGUCAUGCAUUGUUUACCUUUUGGAUUUGUGUAUGAUAGCCUAUAUUAUAAAGGCCCAAAUGUUUUCUGUGGGAUGGGUAAUAUUUAACUAAAUGUGUGAAAGCUUUGAGCGCUCUCUCCUUCUGGGUAUUCAGUAAACUUGCCUUUUAUAGUAAUAUGAUUAUACCAGUUGGAAUAAAAUUGCCCUGAUCGUAUGGCAGAGUGUA